CACGUAAUAAGCCACAGACAGCUCCCUCUCACCACGCUGCUGCUGCAACAUUUAGCCCAGCUCCCACAGCUUCCCCUCCUCGCACGCUGCUGCUGCAACCAAUCACUGUUCCAAGUUCCCCGCCAAUGACGGAGCGUGGAUUAGAGAGCACUUGACUGUUCCUGCAUCACGCCAGGCGUGUCUUUGAUCGCCCGGCGACAGUAUUUCACUGGAGGAAGCCCCUCUGCUGCGAGGUGUGAGUCUGGUCAUUUUUGACGGGAUAAAUCCGGAAAACACACUAUGGCUAGAUCGGUCCGCAAGUAUGUCCGCCGCGUCACUCAGGGGAUCACUGGCGCUUUCCAUAGCUCCCCGAAACGCCAAAAUCCUGCUGCUGCAGCAGCGAAUGAAACGCCCGCGGCCCGGACUCCUGUCCAGGCUACUGCCCAGACUACUGGCUCCGUCCCAACUGAGGUUCUCCCGGUCACCAAGGUCCCGGCGUUGGACACCGUGGAUGCCUAUGUCGUCGACAGGCCAGUUGAGGACUCUGUCGGAGCAAGCCAGCGAAUCAAGAUCUCAUGCAGUUCCGAUGUCUGCAAUGCGAAGGUGAUCGAUGGUGUUGUCGCCGGCUAUGCGCGUUUCGUCUCUUCCUUGACGGGCCUUGAGGACGUCGCCUUCUACUUCACUCGUCACUCGCCAUUCGUGUCCUCGCCUGUGCAGUCGAUUAUUACUGCCUCUCCUGUGCAUGGUGGCGACCAGAACAAGCUUGUCUCUCGCGAAGCCGAUGCGACACACGCCAACGACGAUGAAAUCCAAUUCUACGCUGAGCUGGGGUUCGGUGUUGGGCCUGAAAAUGGCGAACACAGACUCCCCUCUCAGGGAACCGCCUUUACACUGUUCGUCGAGCCGGACAGAAAGGAGAACGCCCUCCAUAUCAGCUUCGCAUUCCCGCGACGCUUGAUUCCGAGUGCAGCGGUAGAGCAACUGCUGCACACGCUCUCACUACAAAUCGCCGAUUCUUCUCCAUUAUUUACUAUUUCAGGGCCAGAGCCUGCAUUAUCAGUUUUGAAUUUCCCACCAUCCAUGAUACCCCCUACCGCGGAGAGCUCGGCGACAGGCUCACAUCUUUUGCAUGCUGCUUUUGAGAGCUGCGCCCAUAGGAGCCCGCAUGCCAUCGCCUUGGAUUUCGUUGAUUCACUGGAAUCUGAGACGACAGCAGCAAAGCACAGCAUUCUAACCUAUGCAGCCCUCGAUACGGCAGCUUCUAACUUGGCAGUUCAUAUUAGAUCGCUUUUGGACACUGACUCUUCUGAAUAUAGACGCAUUAUCCCUGUUAAUAUGUCCACCUCACCUGAACUAUACAUCUCAUAUCUUGGUAUUCUGAAAUCGGGCCACGCAUUCUGUCCUGUGCCCCAGGACGCCCCUGCUCAAAGAAUACAAGAGAUCCUUCACGACAUUGAUUCUCCUAUCGUUCUCGGCAAUACGCCAGAACCCUCGACGGACUCCCGCCGAGAAGCUGGGACUGCAUACGAGUCUACGCCAACCUGGGUAGAUGUCGCUGAAGUUUCCAAAUGGAAGCAGCUGCAAGGCGACUCGACUCUGGCCUCCGGCGCUGAAACAUCACUGCAGCCUGCUCCUAUCGGCCAGACCGACACAGCCUACUUGCUAUUUACCAGCGGGUCUACCGGGAAACCGAAAGGCGUUCAAGUCAGCCAUUUAGCAGCUGCAUGUUCUAUUUCCUCCCACGCUACCGCCAUUCCCCUCCCUGGAAAGUCUGCCGGGGAUUUCCGCUGGUUCCAGUUCGCCUCGCCUUCUUUCGACCCUUCGUUGAUGGAAAUAUUCGUCACCCUGAGUAGCGGUGGUACCCUCUGCUCUGCUGAUCGACGCCUGACUCUGGCCAACCUGGAGGCUACGAUCAACGAGGCCAGAGCGACAAUCAUGAUGGCCACGCCGAGUUUAGCAUCACUCCUCCGACCCGAGCGCCUGAAUACGCUUGAAGCGCUGUGGUCUAUGGGAGAGAAACUUAAUCGCACCGUGAUUGACAACUUCUCACAGAGCCCAAGCAGCAAUGGGCUUCCUUCGAGAACCUUGGUGAACGCGUACGGUCCAACUGAAGGAGCCAUCAACUGCACAUUCGUCUCGCCGUUCGAACGCGAAAUGCGAGGAUCAAUUAUCGGAGAGCCGCUACCCACCUGUGCAAUGCUGGUUCUUUCUCCUGAUAGUCAUGACCCCGUCCCAGUCCCCAUUGGCACCGUUGGAGAACUGGCAAUCGGAGGACCGCAGGUGAGCAAAGGCUACCUGAACCGCCCUGAAGAAACCGCCAAGUCGUUCGUCCCUAGUGAGAUAUAUGGGGAUCUUUAUCGAACCGGCGACAAGGCACGCAUAGUCUGGGAUAAAAACGGGAACCAGGUUAUUGAGUAUCUAGGUCGCAUCUCCACGGACCAGGUUAAGAUAAACGGACGUCGUGUGGAGCUUGGAGAAAUCGAAUCUGCAAUUGCAACUGUGCCUGGUAUCACGGAAGUCGUGGUCGUGGUGGUCAAUCGAGACACGAAGUCUCAAGGAAACGAGCAGAUUGUCGCUUUUCUCGUGGCAAACGAUGAUAGUCAAGCAGAGAGAGAACGGAUAAUCGAACAGGCAAAGAAGAGCACGGCGCAGCAUCUUAUUUCGGCAAUGUGCCCGUCUUCUUAUACGUUCCUCGAAUCUUUGCCGCGAUCAAGUUCUGGCAAGGUGAACCGCAAAGCCUUGUCUGCUGCACUACAUGAGAAGAUCGAUAUGCCCAUGACCAACGGGCAUAGUUCAGACAAGUCAGAGGGCUGGCAGGAUACCGAGGACAAGGAAUUGCUGUCCACACGGCAAUUAGUGAUCCGUCUCAUGGCGCAGACGACCGGCGAAGAUGCUUCCACGAUAAAUCCCGGAACAGAACUAUACUCGAUGGGCUUGGAUAGUUUAGGUGCCAUGCGACUCUUACAAGCCCUAAAGGACAACGGCGUUGAUGGUUUAUCAGUGAGCGAUGUACUACAGUCACAGACAUCACAGGAGCUCGUCUCCCUCAUCCACAGCCACCAGGUCAAUGGAAGGGCCAAGACGAAUGGUGUACACCCAGACAGCCAGGUGGAUAGCCUCCAGUCAAGUCUUGCGUCAUUUGACCAGCGUAAUCGGACGCGCUGCGCGGAAAGUCUCGGGGUCGCAUCUGAGUCUAUCAACGAAGUGCUGCCAACCACCGCAACUCAGUCUGGCAUGUUGACGAGUUUCCUCCGCAGUUUGGCAGACGAGUCUUAUUCGAAGCCAACCUACAUCUACCACACGGUUCUUCCUCUCGAGGCAAACGUCGACAUUGCAAAGGUCAAGGCAGCCUGGGACCAAGUUAUCGCCAACUAUGACUCUUUCCGCACACUGUUUUGCAUGGUCGAUGAUGAGCUGGCGCCGUUUGCGCAGUGCAUUUUGACGUCUGGCAGCGCCCCUAAGAAAGACUGGGAUACCUAUACGAGUCCGAACGAGAAUGCCUCUGAGGAGGAUAUUCUCGACAAUGCCUUGCGGGCUGCUGAGAAAUCCAUCGAUUUGAACACGCCGCCUUGGAAGUUAUCACUUGUGGAAUCAUCAGGCCGCUCGCUCCUGAUACUGAGCAUGUUCCACGGAAUAUUCGACGGCGGGUCCUUGCAGCUUCUGUUGGAAGAUGUAUAUUCGGCCUAUUCUGCGAAAUCUUUGCCGCAGCGGACGUCACUGAACCACAUCGUCAAGAAUCACCUCCAAGCAGACCAUGCUUCGACAUCGCGUCAUUGGAGUCAAUAUCUACACGGAUAUACUCCUGUAGAAUUUCCGUCUGUCACUCCUUACCGAACACCAGCCGAAAAGACCUCUGGCUGUGUGGAAGUUACUUCGGCUCUUAGCCACGAAACCCUAAAGAGACUGUCGCGGAGUAUCGGUUCAACGCCGCUUUCAGUGCUGCAGGCAGCCUGGGGCGCGAUCUUGUUGAGCUACACAGGUACACCCGAUCAAGACGUGGUUAUGGGCAGUGUGGUGUCCGGCCGACUGGAUGAGGCUUCUCAGGCGUGCAUUGGUCCGACAUUCACGAUAACGCCGUUGAGAAUUGCCAUCCAGCAGGCUAAAGCAGAUUCCGGAAUAUUAAACAACAAGCUAAUCGCUCGUCACCUGUCAUCAUCCAAUGCAAAAGCGCUGUCGCACCUGCAACCUCAACUAGGGUCCGUGACAGUGGAUGGCAAAACCCCGUAUGACACGGUCCUUGCAUACCAGGACUUUGGAUCAGAGCGCGCCUCUUCUUCGCUUUGGAGUUCAAUCCAGCAUCCCGAUAUGGCCAACGACUUCACGGUGAUGGUUGAGGUGGUUCCUGAGCCAGACCGUUCACUGACGUUGCGAGCAACCUUUGACAACAAGCUCGAUUCCGCCGCCGCUGAGAUCAUGUUACGCCAGAUGGACGAUGUUGUUCGCUAUAUCCUCGAAGUGCCAGAGGGGAAUUUCGAAGAUGCGCACUUACAGGCUCGAUCGGAUCUCAAGUCCAGCGCCAAUCCCAAUCCAAUUACGGCUCCAGAGGUUGCCGAAGGCGCACUCCUCCAGUCACAAUUCGAACAGCACGCCGCAUCACACCCGGAUGAUUUAGCAUUGAUAUUCAAGCAGGACCUGGAUGAUGAAACAAACCCAGGAAACAUCUCAUGGACAUACGCCGAGCUUAAUGCAAUGGCUGAAAAUCUGGCGGAGCACCUGCAUCAAGUCUGCGGAGACUUGAUAGAUGCUUCAGUCCCCAUCUGCAUCGAGAAGAGUCCUUCUCUGUAUGUUGCUAUUCUUGGGAUCGUCAAAGCUGGCGGUGCUUGGUGCCCCAUCGACACGCUCUCUCCCACCCAGCGCAGGCACGAUCUCAUUGCGCGAACGAGUGCUGGAGUCCUCCUUGUUUCGCAUUUGGAUGAGGAACAACCUGAGGGUGCAAUCCCUACUGGAGUCAAGGUAAUCGACGUCAGCCAGUUCACUCGGAAUGUUACUGUCAGCAAGAAAGUUCAGUCGAAACGCAGCAGGCCCAGUCCAUCCAACACGGCCUACUUGAUCUGGACCAGUGGUACAACAGGUGCCCCGAAGGGAGUCCCUAUCACGCAUGCCGCAGGUGUUUCUAGUAUGAAAUCGCUACAGGCUGACAUCCCCGGAAAUGCCGACGGUAGCACGGUCCGCUGUUUGCAAUUCUCGCAAUGUACUUUCGACGUGUCCGUCCAGGAUAUCUUCUAUACCUGGGGUAUUGGAGGUGUGCUUAUUGCUGGAACAAGGCAAAUCAUGCUUGAAUCCUUCCCAAAGCUCGCGAAUACAACGAAGGCAACUCAUGCCCACCUCACCCCGGCCUUUGCAGCUGGCGUUCCCCGGAAGAGCUGCAACACACUCAAAGUGGUGACCAUGAUCGGCGAGAAACUGACGCCGUCUGUAGCAGACGACUGGGGCACGGACAUGAAAGCCUACAACACAUACGGACCUGCCGAGGUCACGGUUGUCUCAACAAUCCGCGAGUUUGGGAACGAGCACAAGUCAAUCAAAAGCGCCAACAUCGGCUGGCCUAUGGAGACCGUCUCGGUGUUCGUGAUGAAGAACCAACACGUCGUCAUGAAGAACGCCAUUGGUGAAUUGGCACUCGGUGGUCCCCAGCUUUCGCCGGGUUACCUGAACCAAAAGGACGUCACAGAGGCUAAAUAUGUCUGGAAUGAUGAGGCCGGACAGCGGCUUUACUACACCGGUGACCUCGUGAGAAUGCUUUCUGACGGAUCGCUGGAGUAUAUCACGCGCGUUGACGAUCUAGUCAAGCUUGGUGGAAUUCGAAUUGAGCUUAGUGAGAUCAGCUUUGCUAUUCGUGGCUGUCAUCCUCAUGUUGAGACUAUUGAGACGCUAGUCUUGAGCCGUCCGGAUAGACCUACUCAGGUCGUUGUUGCGUUCCUUUGUGCCCCCAAGGCAGCGGCUGAAAACCAUGAUGGAGGUCUACUGUUACUGCAAGAUACCGGCUGUGAUAUCGCCCGUGCCGCGAGCGAGCAGGCACGCAAGUCUCUCCCAGAGAAUAUGAUACCAUCUGUAUAUCUGGUCGUCACAAGCAUUCCAAAGACCCCAUCUGCGAAGGUUGACCGUCGGGCAUUGCAGGCUGCUUAUGCAUCUGUGGACCUGGAGAAGUGGGAAAGCGAAGUCAACCCAGAGGACCCCGCUGGUGACCCCGAGGACGAAGUCGAUACCGCUAUAAGCACACAGAUAAUUGAUCUUGUAGCGUCUUUGGUCAACGUGGACGCCUCCUCUAUCACAAAGUCCAACCGGCUCAGAAGUCUUGGUGUUGAUUCACUACGCGCCACUCGCCUCGCUUUCAGACUCAAGGAGGCCGGUCUCCGUGCCUCAGUUAUGGAAGUUCUAGCUUGUAUUACGGUUUACGAUCUUAUCAAGCUAGCCCGGUCAUCAAGUGCCAAAAACACGGGGCCUCAAAAGUUCGACGUCAAGGCUUUUAAUGAUGCAUGGCACCCAGCAGUUGAGGGCAAGCUGUCUGACGAGUUUACAACAAUCCGCGCCACUGCGAUCCAGGAGAGUUUGCUUACUGAGACUAUGGGGACAUACAACAUGUACUGGAGCAACCAUUUCUUCCGACUUGGUCCUAACGUCGACAUCCCCCGGCUGAGACAGGCCUGGUUUGCCGUCUGCCAGAAGGCAGAGGCGCUACGAACUGGCUUUAUCCCAGUCGCCGAAGCACGGAACCAAAUGUCCAGCGACAAAUUAAAUUUCUCUAUUCUGCAGCUCAUAUACAAGCUUCCUGCCCUUGACUGGGAGUAUCACAAAUGUGCCGAUGACGAGUGGAGGGACGUAUUCAACAACCGGGUCGAGGAUAUCAUGUCUCAACACCAGAAGAACUAUUUCAGGACCCCGCCGUGGGCGGUUACGCUCCUCGACAAGGGUAGUGAAAGAGUUAUGGUGCUCACCUUGCAUCACUCCAUUCACGACGAGCCUUCCCUUCGCUUUAUCAUGGACGACGUACGGAGCGCGUAUACGUACAAGCCCCCAGCCAGAAACCAGCUGAGCGACGCCCUGUCGAUUCUCCUUGCAAAUGAGAACAAAUACUCAGAGACUACUGCCUUCUGGAAAUCUGAGCUCAAGGAAUUUGCCGACCUGGAUAGCGCAGUAUGGCCGGAUCUUACUGGAAAGAGACUUCCUCCAGGAGUGACCCCUGAGUACCGCUUGAUAUCUGAAGAGAUCCCCAUGACAGAGUCGGUCUCCAAGGUACAAUCUGCUGCGGCGAGUAUGGGUCUACAGUCCUUUGCCUCCAUAAUCCGCGCCGCAUGGGCCUACGUUUCGCUGUCUUACCUUGGACUACCGGCUACAGUCUUUGCGGAAACAUUGUCUGACCGAGUGUUUGAUCCUUCUCUUGAAAGCACCGUUGGACCUUUCAUAUCUGUUGUCCCAAUUCCAUUCCAUCCUCAAGGCACUGUCCGCGAGAUCCUGCAGGAACAGAACAGGGUAUCGGUGAAAUCCUGGAAACACCGCCAUAUUCACGCGCGUGAUAUCCGGAAAGCGCUGAACCGACCUAGAGGAGAGCCCUUAUACCCUGCUGUCUUCAACUUCCACGGGGAUAAUGAGUUGCCCGAAAACCGAUCCUUGCCUGAUAUUUGGGUCGAGCUUGAGGAUCAGAUAGGGCUACACGUCGAGCACGCAAUGGCCAUGAAUGUAUUCAAAUCUGCGGAUGGGAGCCUUGCACUGGAGGCAUCGUCGGACAGCCGACUAUUCAGUCGAGAGCACUUGCGCCUUUUUGUCCGGCAGAUUGACAGUCUCAUCAGCUCCAUGUUGUCGACCCCAGACGAGUCAUUCCCCCGUCUAGUCAGCGGACUUUCAUCUGAACUGCGCGCUCUAUCCAAUCGGGAGGUUAGCGACGAGGUCACCAAUUCGGUCUAUCAAGCCCCAACAUACUGGUUGGAGAAGAACGCGGACGCCCAUCCUGACUGGACAGCGGUCGAGGUCGCAAGCAGUAUUACAACAGACGGUAUCGAGAAGGAGGCAAUGAGCUACGCCACAUUGAACGGUGAAGCGAACCGCGUGGCUGCCUACCUGGCCUCUUUCGGAUAUAAAAACCGAGUCAUCGGUGUUUGUGCAGGACGAACACUGCCUUCCUACAAGAUAAUUAUUGGAAUUUUCAAAUCUGGAAACACUUAUCUCCCUAUCGAUGAGAGUCUGCCAGCUGAGCGGAAGGCAUUCCUAAGUGAGGAUGCAGACUGCCCGAUUGUCUUUACGGAGACCAGCUUUUCGGCCUCGUUCGCUGGUGUUCCAAACAGUUGCCGCGUGGAAUGCAUUGACGACCCCGAGAUCCAGAAGUCAAUCGCUGGAAUGUCUGCUGAGAACCGGGAUUAUAAUUCCCAUCCGGAUGAUAACUCGUACCUACUGUUUACGUCCGGGUCCACUGGGAAGCCAAAGGGUGUGAUGGUGACCAGGGCUAACCUCUCAUCCUUCAUCGAGUCCAUCUCAGAGUUCGCAUGCCAGAUUGCACCGGCCACGUUGGAGUUGGGAGGCACCGGAAGAUACCUUGCCCAAGCCAACCGUGCUUUCGACCCUCAUCUGCUGGAGAUGUUCUUCCCUUGGCGCCAUGGGAUGGCGACAGCUACAGCACCAAGGCCAAUGAUUCUCGAUGAUAUCGGCACAACUCUGUCAAAAUGGGAUAUCACGCAUGCAAGUUUCGUGCCCUCGCUCGUCGACCAGUCGAACAUUACUCCUGAGCAGUGCCCUACACUCAGAUUCAUGACUGUCGGUGGAGAGAAAAUCACCCAAAAGGUUCUUGAUACCUGGGCGUCUGCUCCCAAUGUUGCUAUCGUCAAUGCCUACGGUCCUACAGAGGCGACAAUUGGCUGCACAUUCGCGCAUAUCAACAAAGAUACCAACCUGAGGAAUAUCGGGCCACCAUUAACUGCCUGUGCAGCGCAUGUUCUCAUCCCAGGUACAAUGGACUACGCCCUGAGGGGACAAACGGGUGAGCUAUGUUUCAGCGGCGAUCUCGUCGCAAAGGGGUACCUCAAUCGACCAGAUGCAGCCGGCUUCCUCACUGGACCUGACGGUGUCAAGAUGUACCGUACUGGAGAUGUCGGGCGUCUGAUGGGCGACGACUCCGUAGAAUAUCUCGGACGUGGUGACGAUCAAACCAAGAUCCGCGGCCAGAGGCUGGAACCAGAAGAAGUGUCAGAAGUGCUACGAUCAUCUUCGCCCGUAUCCAUCGAUGUUGUCACAACCGUCGGAAAGCACCCCGGGCUCGCCAAAAUCCAGCUUAUUUCGUUUGUGUCCCGGUCCCAGCGUGGGAAGAAGCACGAUGAUGUCGCGUUCCUUUACUCUGACUUUGGUACACUUGGUCGAGAGCUCCAGGAGAUAUGCCGCAAGAAACUGCCUGGAUUCAUGGUGCCUGAGCUGAUUUUGCCUGUUACGUCCAUCCCUGUUGCAGCGAUGUCUGGAAAAGCAAACAUGAAGGAGCUCAAUCGGAUCUUCGCUGAGCUUCCACUCCAGACCGUUCUACAAGGAAACAAUACAGCCAGUGCGGACGCUGCGUCUGAAAGACCACUGAACGCCGAGGAGGAGGCUGUCGUUAAGGAAAUAUGCAAUGUCAUCUCAGUUGAUCCUGCCAGUUUCCAACCUCUGACCAACAUCUUCGAGAUUGGCCUGGACAGUCUAAGCGCCAUUGGGCUGUCUAUCAGACUACGCAACAUUGGAUAUGCUGCAUCCGUGGCACUUGUCAUGGGCAAUCCCAUUAUAGAGCAGCUUGCUCGCCUGCCUAGAUCUUCGGGUGCGGAGUCUAAAGUCUCGAAGGUACAAGAGCGAUCCAAGGAGCUGAAAGACCAGUACCAGAAACUUCCUUCUCGAGGUAUAGACGUCUCCCAGGUUGUGGUGGUCAGACCUUGUCUCCCUCUGCAGGAGGGCUUGGUUGCACGAUCUAUCAACAGUGACAGCGACCAGCUCUACGUCAACCAUGUCGUCCUGAAGCUUGAAAAUGUCGAUUCAUAUAAGCUUAAAGCGACCUGGCAAUUCAUUGCCAAUUCCAAUGACAUUUUGAGAACCGCCUUUGUUUCUCUGGAGAAGGAGAUUGCCCAAGUUGUUGUUUCAGCGAGCUCCUCCACAAUUCGAUGGACUGAAUCAAAGUAUGAUAACUUGGAUGAGGCAAUUCAGCAGCAAAAGUCACAGCAAGGACAAUUAUCACGAGAGAUCAUUUCGGAUAUCUCCAGUGUGCCACCAGUGCGUUUCCACCUUGCCAGGUCCUCGGCCGGAAAACACCCACUGGCUUUGUUCAUCUCCAUCCACCACGCGCUGUAUGACGGCGAGUCGUUCGCAAUGAUGCUAGACGAUGCUGCUAUGCGUUACCAAGGGGAGCCUCUCUAUAAAAGAGGCGCACCGUCCGCGUUCCUAGAGCAUGCUUGCUUCCAGGACACAGAGAAGGCCAAGCAACACUGGGAGCAGACACUGGCAGGGUGCAACCCUACAAACUUCCGAUCAGAGACAGAUACCGCGAAGAAAACUGUCCCUGUGCGUCGGAAUCUCAGCGUUAAACUUACCGAGUUGGAAAGCCGAUCCGCAAGUCUCCAAACGACAGUUCCUAACUUGAUGCAAGCGAUAUUCGCUCUCUUGCUGGCUGAUUACGUCGGUACAUCUGAUGUGACAUAUGGCCUUGUUAUGUCAGGGCGAACUGUAUCAGCUGCAGGUGCCGAUUCGGUGCUUCUACCAUGCAUCACUACUGUACCAGCGCGUUUGAAUACCAAUGACUUGCAGAACGUCAGUGACGUGGUGACCGCCGUCCAGAGGUCCACUGUUCGGUCUCUGGAAUUCCAGCACACUCCGCUGAGAAAAAUUCAGCAGUGGGUGAAAUCCGAAGUUCCGCUCUUCGACUCGUUAUUCUCAUAUAUCCGCGCCACCGAGUCACCCGGACAUGACCUGUGGAAGGAACUGGACAGCCAUAUGCCCUCGGAAUACCCACUCGCACUCGAGGUGCAGGCUGAUAGCGCCGCGGAUACCGUCCAACUGGACUGCAUCUUCUCAUCCGACUUUGGGUCACAACCGGAUGGAGAGGAGUUCGUGGAGAAAAUUGACGCGGUCCUUUCCGAUUUACUAUCAGGGGGAAGCCUGCCUUUGGAUAGCUUCAAUCUUGCAAACUCACAAGUUUCUGGCCCCCGAGCUUCUGCUACGAAAUGGGAUGACUCGACAUGGUCCGAGUCAGAAACGAGAAUUCGAGAAUUUGCAUCCGCCUUUUGUGGGCUGGAUAUUUCUGCUGUGUCCAAGGGUGCUUCGUUCUUGAGCCUUGGUAUUGACUCGGUUACGGCUAUCCAGUUCGCUCGCAGACUUCGUGACGAGGGAUUCAAGACUUCUUCGUCCGAUAUAAUGCGGUUUACAUGUGUGGGUGCACUGGCGAAGCACAUUGACGAAAUCACCUCCAAGCCGCAGGUCAAUGGUGUUAAUGGCGUCAAGCACGAGAGCGCUGUACCAAUUGGCACUUACGGACAGCAUGUUCCUUGCCUUGGUGAGAACGACUCCGUUGCCUCUAUGUUCAAGUGUACACCCCUGCAGUCAGGAAUGAUCACACAGACCAUCAGCUCUGGUGGAAAGGUCUAUGUUAACCCUCAUCCCAUCCGCCUUAAUGACUCGGUGGACAUCGACAAGCUCAGGUCCGCUCUGCAUGAUGUCAUUCGGAUGAACGAAAUCCUACGGACUUCUUUCCACCUUAUUCAGGGUCUCGGCGAGAGUUGGAUUGGUGCGGUGCACAACAAUCCUCCGUUUGAAUGGACCGAGAUCUCCCUACCAUCAACUGCUAAUGUGCUGUCCGAGGUCAUGUCUCUUUUCACCUUGGAUGGCGAAGACUCUUUCCAGACCCCGCCGAUACGCUCUGUACUCGUUAAUCAACCUGGCUCCAGGGUUCUUGUUAUCGUGAUCCACCAUUCCCUCUACGAUGGUGCCUCCCUCCCUUUUGUCUUCGAGGACCUUGCAGCAAUAUACGCGGGUCAGUCCCCAGAAAACCGUCCCCAGUUCUCGGAAAUGGUACCGUAUGUCCUGGAAGAACAAGAAAAGAGCUGCGAAUUCUGGACCGACAAGCUAAAGGGCUACCAACCCGUCGAGAUCCCGCAGCUCCAGGGCACUUCUCCAUCUGCAGAGCGCAUGUUCGCCUCCGAGCACCGAAUUUCCCUCGACUUAGCCAAAAUAACGGAAGCCUGCAAGGAGAUGGAAGUCACAGUCCAAAGUAUCGCUCUCCUGGCCUAUGCAAAAGUAUACGCCCAACUCGUCGGCACACGCGAUGUCGCCUUCGGACAGGUCCUUGCUGGACGCAACCUACCUCACCCCGAUGCGGAUCGCACACUUGGGCCGCUGUUCAACACCGUUGCGCACAGAGUCACCCUUGAUCCCAAAUUCCUAAGCAAUAGGGCUCUCGUGCAGCGACUGCAGCAACAUACUUCCGACGCACAGACCCACCAACAUGCACCGUUGCGGACCAUUCAGAACACACUACGACAGUCCGGGCAACUUGGGUCUUCCCAGCUCUUCGACGCCCUAUUCGUCUUCCAGAAGAGUGCCGCACUUUCCGAGAGCACACUGAACGAACAGGAUAUCUGGGUACCAUUUGAAGCCGAUGACUAUGUGGUUGACGCUGAGUACAAGCUUAACAUUGAAGUUGACCACGCACCGGACGGGAUUGUUCUUACGGCAACAUCGAACGGAUUGUACAUCGAUCAAGAAAUGCUCGAUAACCUCGUCCGUGGAUUUGACGCCGUCUUCUGCGAUAUCAUUGAACAUCCCACGAGAUCCUCGACAACAGUGUCCCAAGGGCUCGGAGAUCUGCCAUUGAAACAGGACGUGGAGAGGGACGAAGACCUUCCUGCGCACGACUCUGAAGCUCCUGCACAUGAGGCCACUAUCAAGUCAGUGCUGGCUGAGGUCGCCGGCGUCCCAGUCGAAGAUAUCAAACCGGCGACAAGUAUUUUCAAUCUCGGUCUCGACUCCCUAACCGCCAUUCGAAUUGCGUCCGUUUGUCGAGGCAAGGGAUUGAAGACCAGCGUGGGCGACAUCCUCCAGGGAAAUACCCUGCGUGGUAUCAGUCAACGCGUGAAGCCGGCGACGACAUCUAAUGAGCUUUCUCAGGGCGCAUUAAUCAAGGACUAUCCUCGUGUUGAACAGGAGGUUCUUGCAAAGCUCAACUUGAAGAAGGAAGCCAUCGAAACAAUUCUACCUUGCUUACCAGGGCAAUUCCAUCACCUUGCAAGCUGGCUGAAAGCUGACCGAGCCCUGCUCGAACCAGCCUGGGCGUUCUUCAGCCAAGAGCGUCUUGAUAGUGCAAAACUUGAGACUGCGUGGUCUACACUCCGCGAGCGGCAUCCGGUACUACGCACGGUUUUCGCGACUACCUCGCCGUCGGAGGCUGUCCAGGUUGUCUUGAAGGAUGUAAGAGGUUCGAACACAUUCAAGUCUGUCGAGUCUACCGAGGAUAUUAGCGAGCUGGCCAAGGCGCAGUCUCGAGAAGAAGCCCUGCAACCGUCUUCACUGCUCUCCCCGCCUGUGCGGCUUCGACAUCUCAAAGCUGCUGACAAUGACGGUAUUCUCAUCAUAAUCCACCACUCUCUCUACGACGCAUGGUCAAUGCCCAUGCUUGUAUCCGAGCUAAGUCAGCUCUACCGGGGCCAGGCACUGGAUGCAAGCCCCGAAUUCCCUGCCUUUGUGGAUUUCUCGUUCCGCUCUCUUGCGCCGCUUGACGAGAAGGCAUACUGGACGUCAGCACUGAAAUCUCCAUCGUCAACAUUCAUCAAAGGCACCGGUGACACCUCGCAACUUCCCAAACAGAUGUUCAUCGGCGCAUGGGAGAAGGUCAACAACCUCUCCGUCAUGGAAUCCAAAUGCCGGUCUGCAGGCUUGAGCCUUCAAACAAUUGUUCUUCUCGCAGCGGCCCGUUCUAUUGCUAAGGCCACCGGAGUCGCAAGUCCAGUUAUGGGUCUAUACCAGACAGGACGAUCUGCAGCAUUCAACGACAUUGAAAAACUGGCCGGACCCUGCCUGAAUGUCAAUCCAUUAGUCGUCCAAGACGCCAUCCCCACUACUACUCAAGAUAAAGAACAAGAGAUUAUACAACAAGCACAAAACAUCCAAGCUUCCCUUGCAGACCGCGUCUCCUACGAACAAAGCUCCCUCCGUGAUAUCCUAGGCUGGGUUAACCCAGAAGGCCCAACACCACUAUUCAACACCUGGGUCAACCUCCUCUGGAUGCAGAACAACAUCCCACGGGCGCCGGAGCAACCUCCUAAGCAGAAUGGCACCCAUAACGAAAUCAUCGAGCUCUUCCAGCCGCUCCGCAUUGGCGUACCCACAGACUUCCUUCCGGCUCAACCGCUACCUGUCUCGACCACACCAAUCGAUGGCCUGGAUACUUCCUUCUUAUCAGAGGAGAAUAUAUUCCUGGAUAUCGGGCCUAACCAGGCGACAGACAGUAUUGGCUUCGGGGUGCGUGUUGAGGGCGGCUUCCUUUCUGAACAGGAGGUCAGAGAGCUUGUGGAUGGGAUUGCAUCAGAGAUAGAGGGCAUUGUUUCUCGUUUGGCUUGAUAUAUGUUAUAGAUUUCCUUUCGUAUAUUUUUUGUAUAUUUUUGUAUUAAGAAUGAUUAUUAGAUUUGUACUUUGGCGAUGCUGUACUUUGACUCAAUUAGAUAAACGCAUGUUAGAUUGUACAUACAUAUGACAAAAAACAAUUAGAUUAUAUUCCCAG